AUGACUGAGGAAGUAUCGCCGUAUGUCACGUUGAUCUCCAACGAUGGGUUCCAAUUCCAGAUUUCCCGAGACGCUGCAAUGGUCAGCGGCACGCUCAAAGGUAUGCUGAACACAUCGUUCCAGGAAUCUUCAACCAAUACAAUCAGACUACACGAACUGGACGCAGUCCUACUUGAGAAAGUGUGUGAAUACUUGUAUUACAACCUCAAAUAUAAAGAAUCGGUCGACGUGCCGGAGUUCGACAUCCCCACCGAGAUGGCACUGGAACUGCUUGUGGCCGCCGAUUUUCUGGAUGUCUAA